AUGAUAAGCAACGAACUGCACUACCUCAAAUACAUCGUCGGCGACAUUUUUGGACAAUGCUGCAGCGAGAUCGUUGAGCUGAUUCUGCUCUAUGGAAAUAAACUGACAAUUAAUGAAAUUAUAAACUUGUCGAAUUACGAAUUCAGCAUCGUGAGGAACAUUUUACUUUGCCUGCUCAUCCACAACAUCGUGGACAUUCGGAUUAUUUACGACAAGUCUCAUGAAUGCAGUCACGCGCCAUCGGACGGGAAGACGGUCCCUCUUCUGCCAGACGAAAGGGGGGAACGCCGUGCCAGGGCGCCGGUGGAAGAAACUAUAAAGGUGGUGCAAGAGUUGGGCGCCACAGCACCUAUAGAAGUAGUCAAAGGGGACCAAGCUGGCGAAGCAAUCGACGCAGCCGAAGAAGAGGAGGGGGGGCCACCCCAAAAUGGUCCCCCUACGGGCUAUGCUGAUGACGAGGAAGAGGACAACGAAGGGGAUGACACAGAGGAGGACGACGCCCUGGCGGAACGACGCAGCAAAAGAAACCUGAGGGAAGAAAUGCACUUCUUGACUUACCACGGAAGCUACAAGUACAUGAAGGGCUGUAGCUGUGCCUCCUGCAUUUGCAAAAUUAGGAGGGUGGAGUACUGGGUCGUCGUUAAUAAUAUUUACUCCCUUGUCAGAUACUCGUCCAUAUUUUACUACAUGCACCAGACCCGUGUUAAAAGUGGAAGCACUGAUGACCUGCCAGAGUACUCCCCCUUCUGUGGCACCUCCCCUGCAGUGGACUCAAUCCCUACCGCUGCUGCAGGUAAGAAUAAGGGUAAAAAUGUGACCACGCCAAACGAUGCUCUUCUCCCCUCCGCGGGAAUGCAUAGUAUUAUGAGUUACAACUUCUUCACGUCAGACAGGAUACACGAUUAUAGCAGUAGUACUCUCCAAGAAGAGGAGGACAACAAUGCCGAAGAGGUAUCUUCCAAAAGGGACAUUAUUCACUUCAUCGAAAAGGUUAUCCUCUUAAGAGUAAUUAAGAAUGGAAGAAUCACAAUCGACGCGUGUGUAAAAAAUUUGGAGCAAGACGAUUACGUAGAAGUGUGUAAAAAGGAAAUCCCAAAUAUAAAGAAAAAAAAACUAAAACUCAUCUUCCUUCAGUUGUUAAAAAGGAAAUAUAUAAAAAAGUGUAAAUAUUUUAAUGAGCAUGCAUGUGAAAAUGACACAACUGAUAAGGACCUUACCAGAAAGUAUGAUCAGUCGAUAAAUUAUAUCAACGGGAGCGUGGACCCGGCCCCGUACGCGGAUAACUAUGACGCUGUAUAUCACCCCAAUGGAAGUAAUCACGUGGGCACUAACAAAGUGGAGGCAAAUGUCCAAAAAACCAACCCAGCCUCUUAUGGCAAGGCUAAAACGCGCACUGAUCAUACGGUUCACCCCAACCACGAAGAGAUCAACCGAACAAGCAGCCUUUUAAACCCCACUGAGCUUGACAGGAACAACCAACACUCCAAGGAGUCACUCAACGGCUCCAAUGAUAGUUUCCUCUUCGCGCCAGCCGACAAUGUGAAUAGCAUGAACGGAUAUAAUCCAGCAACCAACGCGUUCCAAAAUGAUAGCAAGAAACACGGCGCGAAAAUUACGAGAGGUGUGCUGAGCCUGGUUGACAAUGCCAAACGGAGGAAGACAACAGAGAAUGAAUCGGGGGGAAAUCACAAUUGUAGAAAUUUUACAAACAAUGAUACCUUCGAUGGGAAUAUAUUCUCCAUAAUUGGAGAAAGGGACAGAACUUCGGACCCCCUCGGUAGUAGUAGCCACCUCAACGAGGAUAAUAACAGCGUUAUAAGUAGUGCUUACCCAGGGGGAACUUCCUAUCCAGGAAGUAGCUCAUACUUGAGGGGAGAGGGAAGUCACUAUCCAGGGAGCGACACCCCCUUCGAUCGCUCCAACAUGAUGAAUGUUCAAGAGACAGACAGGAAGAAUCACACAGAGAUAUCUAGUGAAAACCAGUACGAAUAUUUCAACCCCAACAAAAACACAUCAGAUAGGGAUACAAAUAAGGAUAACAUGCAGAGUGACCUCCUGGACUAUCUGGACAACCGAUUUACAUACUUCCAAGCAAACAACGAAGUUCUGACCAUCCUGUACCUAAAGCAAGAGUGUUUUAACUUCAUAACACACUAUUACAAUUUUAACGAAGUCGAAAAAGGAAUCUUUUUUUUUUUAUUAAAAAAUGUUCAGCUCAGUUACUCUGUUGAAGAAAAUAAUUACAAGUACACUCCCUCAUUUUGUACUUUUGAAAAUGUCCAAAAGUACGUAAUAACCAAUUUUAAGAAGAAAAAUAUCUAUAUGGAUAGAAAUGUCGUCUUAGAAAAUUUAAACAACUUAAUCAAAUAUCCAGACGAGUUGGUAAGAACAGAAUGUAAUGAAAUGAUAACUUACGCUGCCGAUUUUUCCAAUAUUAAAAAUAUUUACAAAAAAAAAAUUACAACAAAUAUUAUAGAAAAUAUGAACGGGUCAGGCGCUUUACGCAUUUGGAACUUUCUCAUAUCCACACCUGAACAAAAAGUUAAUGAUGAAGUGAUAAGUGAAAAUGUUUUAAUCCCACUGAAUGAUGUGAGAAAGAAAUUGUAUAAUCUGCUGUAUCAUGGGUACAUCAAAUGUCAUGAAUGUAACAACAGUAACGUUAACAAAACGUACAUUAAGCAUUCCUUGUCCUUCUCCACGAACGUGUAUUACACAAGCAAUAAAAUAAAGGAAAAUUUAUUUACCAUCGCGAAAAAUAUUUACAUACGGAAGCUCCACGAGAAUAAUGAAAUAAACACGCUGCACAAUAAGUCCAACAUUUGUGCGAACGAGGUGGGCAAGGACCCCCCUCCAGAACUGCGUACUGGCCAGGGCACCCCCUCCGGACAGAACGUAUUCACCAACCAGAGCUCCAACAAAGCGAGCAGAAGCCAUCAGAAUAAAAAAGAAAUCAGCUUGACGUCACGCGAGUAUGCCGUGGACUACCUAGAGAUAAGCUUAAUUAACCUCGACAAGCUAAUUUUUAUAUUUAACUCGUAG